CGGUGCGACGAGGCGACAGCUCACUCACCUGCGCGGCGCGAGGCGUGCUGUACGCGAGCUUGCAGCACACGCUGUGAUGGUCCCCGGCGCCGAGCAGCGCGCCAGGGGGCGGGGCGCCGGGGAGGGGCGAGGCCCCGCCCCCUCGGCGCGCAGCUCGCCAGUCAGCGCGCGCCGCUCCCCUCCCCCGCGCGGGGCGGGGCCUCGCGGCUGGCCCGGCCCCUCAGUCGGCGACGCGACGCGCUGGGCUGCGGGCGAACACGACGCCGCCUCGAUGUGUCUGGCGAUGGACGACAGCGGCCGCCUGCUGCUGGGCUACCGCGCCUUCGCCGCCGCCGCCGACACGCCGCUCGACCUGCGCGGCGGGCACUACGCCGCCCCCGCGCCGCCCCCGCCGGCCCGCCGCCCCGCCGACGACUCGGACGACUCGGAGCCCGACAUCAACGUGGACUCGAGCGACCCGGAGGACUUCCUGGCCAGGCCGCCGCCCGACUCGCCGCCCGCGCCGCCCCCGCCGCCGCCGGCCGACGCCAAGAAGAGCCCCGCCUCGCCGUCGUCGUCGGCGCAGGUGAAGCCGCCCUACUCGUACAUCGCGCUCAUCACCAUGGCGAUCCUGCAGUCGCCGCACAAGAAGCUCACGCUCAGCGGCAUCUGCGAGUUCAUCAUGGCGCGCUUCCCCUACUACCGCGAGAAGUUCCCCGCCUGGCAGAACUCCAUCCGCCACAACCUCAGCCUCAACGACUGCUUCAUCAAGAUCCCGCGCGAGCCGGGCAACCCGGGCAAGGGCAACUACUGGACCCUGGACCCCAUGGCCGAAGACAUGUUCGACAACGGCUCGUUCCUGCGGCGGCGCAAGCGCUACAAGCGCCAGCCCCCCGACAUGCUGCUGGGCAUGAGGGACCCGCACCACGCCGCCGCCGCCGCCAUGGCCGCCGCCAGCUUCCUCGACCCCUGGGGGCCGUACCACCACGCCGCGCCCUACCCCUACCUGUCGCCGCUGCCCCCGGCCGUGCCGCUGCUGCCCCCGGCCGACCUCGCGCGCCUCUCGCUCGGCCUCAACCUGCUGGCGCCGCCCCCCGCGCCGCUGCCCUGCAAGCCGGUGCCGCGCGCCGCCCCCAACAACGGCUUCUCCAUCGACUCGCUGAUCGGCAGGGCGCCCGCCAAGCCCACGCCGCUCAAGCAGCGGGACCAGCCGCCUCUCCCGCCCCCGCCGCCGCCGGGCGUCGCCCGCAGCCUCGACUCGGCCUUCUCGCCGCUGGGGGCGGCGUGGGCGCGGUGAGGCGCCGCCCCCGGCCCACUGACGCCGCCCCCCCACGCCCGCCGCGUUCCCUCUCGCCGCACAAGACUUUCCGCGCGGAACCGAUUCGCGCGCGUGUUGUAAGAGGAUGUGUACAGUUUUAACGAACCGAGAAACACUAUCGUAUAAUCGAGCCCGUAGUGGUUACUGUGUAAUAGUCGUGUGUACAGACAUAACAAGACUGGUGUUUGAGCGGCGGACUAGACUAGUAAGCGUUAAACACACUGUCGGCGCUCAAAAGGACCGCCUUACUUGAACGAACACGCCCUAAGCUGUAGUUGUUUCAACUGUGUUUUGUCUCCUGUGUCCCGAAGUCCCGCUGUUUGACUACAUAUGUUCAGCUUAGCUGUGUCCACGCGACAAGUGUUUUUGAGAUGUUUUUAGUGUCAGGAAUAGACCUAAUACAUGCGUCAACACUGCAUUACUAAACGACGAGUUUAUUUAUUCCCACUUGUUAUUUUUUUUAAACACGAUGUUCUAUUCACCUCAUAGUUCCUGAUUGAAAAUUUUCUUUUAGAUGGUUGUACUGUGAACUAUGAAAGUUAUCGCAAUUAAAUGUAGACGUUUAUUUAUUUGAGAA